UUACCUUUCGCAAUACUUAGCAAGACCGGGAAACAUUAUGAAGGUCUUUUAUUUUGCGAAGCGAAUUUUUUUCUUUGUCAUUAUUGUAAUCAAUACGUGGGCCCUACCAUUUGAAGAACAAGGAGAUAAUGAAUUGGUGAUAACAACAACAGUUCCACCAUUUAUAGUAUGUGAUGAUGGUGACGAAUUUCUACCUGCGCCAAAUUGUCGAGAAUACUAUCAUUGCCUAUAUGGCCAGGGCGUUUUGAAAUCUUGCCCAGAAAAUCUAUACUGGGAGCCUCAGCUCCACGUUUGUGGAUGGAACUCAGAGUACUGCUCCAACGAUAGUUCUGAAAGUCCCCAGGGAAGAUGCCAAGCUGGUGUCGAGUUCUUGCCCUUUGAACCGGACUGUCGCAAAUACAUUCAAUGUGAUAGUGGCAAUGAAAUAGUACAAAGCUGCCCUCCGCUACUUUACUGGAAUGAAGUUCUUCAACGUUGCGAUUACAAAUGCAUAUUUUAAUUAAAAUUAAUAAGUGUACAUAUGAGCUAAUAAAUGAAAUAAAUUAGUUCCUGGCAAAUAAUUUGUAA